AUGGGCCAGAUGAAUGCUGUGGCAAGUCUCAAUUCGAGAGCGAAUGUCACCCUGGUUCUCGGAGGAGAGUCGUUCGCGGUCAGCUCUGAAUCUUGUACGCUGUCGGAGCAGCUAGCCGCGAUGAGGGAGAAGAGCAUGUUGAUCCUCAAGGGCUACAUCACCAAGCACAACGCUCCUAACGAUGUCUCUGAGGAAUCCAUCGAGGGCUCGUCCGAUGACGAAGGUAAAAGCUCUUCGAAGAAAUCUAAGAAGCAGAAAUAG